UUGUGCACUUAUAAUAUGAUGAAAUACUCGACCCGACUUGAUCCGGAAGUUCAAUCCAUUUGGAGCGAAUUGCAAGUUAUGAUUAGGGUUUUAUAUAUCGUCUGCUGUUACGGAAGACGGUGAAAGAGUGAACGGAGCUGAAGAGACCUAAAGGGAGAGACAAGCAGGAAAUGGGUUCGCGAGACAAGGAUCCAACGACGCCUCACCAACCCCUUCUAAGCAGCCUCGUCGUACGCCCGACCGACAGCGGCGGUGGUGGUGGUAGCGAUUAUGAGCCAGGCGAAGUUCGCCGCGAUCCGCCUCCUUAUUCUCGUUCAGAUCGAUUUGCUGAAAAUAACCACGGUUCGUUCUAUCGGUUCUUUCCCUUUCCCCUUUUACUCGUUUUCUAUGUUUUUCUUUAAAUUGUUUUUAAGCUUAGAUCUGCUUUUAUGUCUAUUGCUAUCAGAAAUCGUUCAUAUUAGUAAUCAUGAAGCAUAUAUGGUGGUUGUUUCGUCUCUUUGUGUUCCCAAAUUUUGUAUCCGUGUCGUUAAUACUAAAUUAGAUUAAUCUCCUGUAUGGAAAAGGUAGUAGAGGUGGUCUAAUCUUUCUAAUCUUUCUUUCCGUACAAAGCUAAAUCGAACCAAAUGAUUUUUCAUCAACACGCUUUUUCUCUGUUCGCUUCUCUAAUUGAUACGUGAUGAAGCAAAGCAACCCUUACUUGUUUUGAAAACUAAGUUAAAAAUUGUUGAAAUUGUGCUCACAGGAGAUAGAAUUCUGGGACAAAUCAUGUUUAUUAACUAGAGUUACUAACUUAAUCCAUGAGGGAUUUGAAACCUAUGAAUCAAAUCAAUAUCGUUGUUUGUUUGAAACUUCCAUGGUUCUAGACUUCUAGCUUUGCUUGAUGAUGAUAUUGACCUUUUCCUUAUACCUUAGGUUGUGUGGAGCAGUACUCAUUUGGCGUGUUAUAUUUGUGAAUGAUUUUGCUAUUGUGUUUUACAGCUGAGAAAAGACGGCUGGUGCAAGAACUUGAGGUCUUGAGGAAGCCAGUUGUUUUGAUUUGAAUGCUGCUAUAUAUGAAUUUGGUUAUGGGACUUGUUUUUUGGGUUUUGAAUUGGGAUAUUAAUUAGGGUAUUCAUUCAAAUGGGAUCAAAAGCUGACAUGGGGGUUUUACAUGAUUGGUAAUGAUGUCUGCUAAAAUACUUAUCAAUACCUCUUGAAGAACUUCCUCCUGCUACUUUUGGGAAUAAGGAAUUUGGAUGCCAUCAUCAAUUACUGGAGAGUGUGCUUUUCUGAUUGGUUCAAAACCACUUUCAUAUUAUAUAAUAGUUGGGCAUAUUGGUUUUUUGAACAAUAGGGUCACUAAGGUGGUUAAUUGGUUUAGCUUUUAGGUGUAGUUUCCAUCUCAAAUCAGGGGAAAAAGAUGCUCUAUACGGGUUGUAGUUUGCUUCCUUACAUUCUUUUGGGUCUUUUCUUGAAUAUAUCUCUAUGAAUCAGCAGAGGGGUUUUGAUUCUUGAAGAAAGUGAAUAAAUGGGUUGUGUGUGAGUUUUACUGUUUACAAUUAAGUAUUGGGUGUUUGGAUUAAUGAAAAGGUACAUGAAGAGCAAAUUAAUGGAAAUCGGGUGUCUUCUUUGCUAAUUAAUGUUCUUAAAAGACUUGGUUAAAGUUGAUUCCAUUUGGAUUUUGGACAAGAAACAAACUUGGUUUUUCUUCUUGGUGUUACUCUGUUUUAAUGGUUUGGGUUUAACUGGCUUUUCAGGGUAUAGAAUGCGUGCAGGUUCUGCUUCUCCUGUUCGCCGGAGAAACGGCAGCCACCACUACAGUCCCGACUAUGAUCAUUCAGACGGCCCACCGCCGCCACCGCCACCACCACCUCCACCCCGCCACCGUGGAUUUGGUAGAGGGAGAGAUUCCGGUAGGUUUCGUGACCAUUCGCCACCGCCUUAUGGCCGCGGCAGGUUUGGUGGUGGCGGCAGGUUUGGCGGUGGCGGCAGGUUCGAUGGCGGCCCUGGUAUGGGCCCGGGUGGUUUCCGAGGUGGUGGUGGUGGUGGUGGUGAUGUCAUUCCUAGAAACAACCCUAAUGUCCGUCCACGUGAAGGUGAUUGGAUGUGCACAGAUCCCACGUAAGUAAAUUUAAAUUUUAAAAUUUAAAAUUUAAAAUUGCACAAAAUAAUAAAAUACUAAAAAAGACGUUAAUUUUUGUAUCUUUUUUAGAUGUAAUAAUCUGAACUUUGCAAGACGGGAGUAUUGCAACAACUGCAACAGGUCCCGCUAUGCGGGACCCGGGAGUCCACGGAGGGGCUACCCGGGGCCGCCACUGAUGGGGCGGCGGUUCACUGGACCGCCACUCGACCGGUCACCGGGUAGGUCAUUCAACGGGUACCGAUCACCGCCUCGAGGCUUUGGAAGAGAUGGGCCGCCUAGAGAGUUUGGAAUUGGUGGUCCGAUGAGACAUGAAGGAAGGUUUCCAAGAGAUCAUCAUAAUCAUAAUCAUAAUCAGAGGCCGGAUUACUUUGAAGAUGAGAUGAGAGAGAGGGGCAAUAAUAGGUUUGAUCAUAGGCCAAUGGUGCCACCACCCGAUUGGGGAAGAGAGAGAAAAGGGUACGACAGGCGGCCGAUAUCUUCGCCACCGCCGCCGGCGGUGGGACGUGGUGGUGGACGGUGGGUGCGUGAUGAGAGAGAGAGGAGUAGGUCGCCGGUUAGGGGUGGACCGCCGCCACCUUCGAAGGAUUAUAGACGGGAUGCGUAUGUGGAUAGGGGACGGGAAGAUCGAAGGGGCAUGGGUCGUGAUCCGUAUUAGAUAAAAGAUCGAUUCAUGUGGUUUUUGUAGUUGUGAACCAUUACUAUUGUGUGGUAUUGAGAUGUGUUGAAAUUUGGUUAGAUAUUUGGUACAUUUUAGUUUGAGAAUAUCAUGCAUCUUGAUGACAAGGGGUUUUGUGAGAAGAAGACUGCUGCUCAUUUGUUUAAUAUGCAUGCAUACAUAGUAACAUACAUACUUGGGGUUUUUUCAACUUGCAUAUUCAAAAAAAUGGUUCUUGAUUUGAUUGCUAAAAUGAUCAUAUUCUAGUAAACGAAAUAACAACUCAAAGUCAUAUGUAAGUCAAGCGGCUGACUUCAACGAUGCAUUACAUGAUUUGACUCUCAGAGAACAUAAGAGCAUUGGGUGUGGGCAACAAGAUGCAACACCACCUCAUAUGCUACAUAAGUAAGUGGUGUUAUAAUACCAAUUGAGGAAAUGGGUAACAAGAUGUAACA